AUGUCCAAGAUUUUAUUUCUGUGUGCUUUGCUUUUCAUUGCAUUGACAGCUGCCACUAUUCACUGCCAGGAUUACAUUCUCGAUCCAGAAGCCAUGAGAGAGAUGGGUUACUUUAACCUCCAACAACAAGUCAUGAUUAACAAAAUGCUCCUCAUGAAUCAUGAAGAGUACAUGAAGGAAUUACAUGCUAAAGAACUCCUCAAUCCAAAAUUUAAAAAGUAUGCAGGAAAUUAUCAUUUGCGAGAAAAGUACACCUCAAUGGUUCAGUAUUUGAUUUCGUAUAUUGCUGUUGGUGAACAAAUUUUGAAGGAGAAAGCUGCAAGAGGUCAAUUUGAUGCCAUGGUUCAAGAGGAAGACCAAGAUUUUAUGGAAUUGAAUGAUACUGAACUUGAAAAUUUAUUGGAAUGGAUUUAA